UAUAAACAAUUAAGUGGCUAUCGACGUGACUCCAAAGCAAACAAUACCGAAAAACCUAACUUGCCUUGUGAUACAAGCCAAACAUCUAUGGCAAUUGUCAUCUUCCUCCCACCAAAUUAUAUAAUAAUCAUUGAUUUUAUAAUGUAUCCUAUAAACCCAUUUCCGCUGCUUAAAAAUUCCUGCUAAUGAACCCAAAUAAUUGCACCAAUGGCCCCUCUCAUCAAUCAAUCGCCAUUGAAUCCGUUGAAAUAUCAGUUCAAAAUCUCAUUAAAAACUGGUACAAAAGGCAGCAAUGGCAACACAUUUUCAACCCAAGAUCAUCAUCACCAUCAAGCAAAGCACCCUGGAGAAAUCACUUAGCCAAAUUCCUUGAAUCGGUUCAAAUCCGGAUUCUCGCAAUAUCAUUGCUUCUUUUCGACCUCAUUGUCACAACUCUUGAACUAUCAUCAACAUUAGUUUCUUGUAGUAAAACCAUAGAGAAAUCUUGGUUUCAUUGGGUGGGGAUUUCGAUCCUGACGUUGCUUUCAACUAAGAUUGCGGCUCUAGCGGUGGCGCUUGGCAUCGGUGGGUUCUUAAGAAGGCCAGGCUAUGUUGUUGACGGCGUGGUUGUCAUCGGGGCGUUGGUUCUGGAAACAGUUUGGGAGGCGAAAGGCGGAGGGUUGCUUGUGGUAGUGAGUUUAUGGAGGGUAGUGAGGGUGGUGGAAAGUGCUUUGGAGUUGAGUGAUGAAGCCAUUGAAGCACAGAUUGAAGCAAUCGUUUGCCAGUUUGAAGCACUCCGAGUUGAGAAUUCAAGGCUUUUGGACACCAUUGCUGGACAGAAUCAGAUAAUUGAGACGCUUGAGAAAGAAGUUGAUCAAAAUAGGCAUGCUUCUGAUCCUAAUGGAGUGGUCGGUGCUGUACGCCUGUACCCAUAUCAACCCCACUUUAAAUAAAAACAAGUCAAGGCAGGAGGGAAACCGAGCAGGCAGGUGCUUUUGCUCUUUUCAAUUUUCGUAAUUCAACUACUUUAAAUCAUCAAAUAAAAAUAACCUAAAAUUAUGUUUCAUCAUUUUAAUACUUAGAAAUAUUUUACAUUAUCAUAA